AAAUUCUUCAGCUUCCAUUCCUUAAGCCCCGUUAACAUUGUAGAGACUGGCGCCCUUCGUCCUCAAGCCUUGCUGAACAAUGGCCCAAGGUUCAUCGCGUCUGUCACGACCUGUCGCUAAGGGCGGCCGCAGCAAUCGGAAACAUGGCUCAAAAAUGAAGAAAGGAACGCUUAUCCGAAAGCCGAAGAAGCAGAGCCUCGCGGCAGCUCACAACAAGAGCAAGAAACUCACCGCAGCAAUUGGCCGAAAUAUUGAACGAGCGACCGGAAAGCGUCUUGCCCAGAAUGGCGGAAACUUGUCUGUAUUGAAAAAGGUGGCAAAGGCCGCGAAGAGCGGUGGUGAUGAAUCUUCUAAGACUGCGGAAGCACCGAAAUUCAAUACGAAGAAGCGGUUCCGGCUUACUUCCUGAGCUCGAUCGGCUCAACUUGUGAUAUUCCACAAUCAUACCCCAAAUUACGAUUGUUCCAGUCUGAACAUGUUCAGAAGGCCAGAUGCCAGAAUCACAGCGCAUUUGUUUUAACGUGGACAGAGACAAUGAGAAAGCAGUAAUUUUGCUUCUAUAGUAGUAUUGCUACACUUUGUUACGUAUUGUGAGCACCACGGGCAACAGAACCAACUUGAAUGAAGAAUGGCGCCCUGCACAAUUUUCAAUGAAUGACAGGGAGGCGACGGCAGCAAAUAUUCGAUA